AUGCCUCCCCCAGGAACCGACCCGCCAUCCAAUGAGGGACAAUUUACCGCGGGGAGUGAGGAGCAAUACUACAGCAAUGAAGAUGUCGCGAUCCUCCACGAUAUCGUCGUCCUCGCGCAGGAGCUGCUGCCGACCCUGCCAGAGCGCGAAAGACUCCCCACCAACGCGCUAUUCAACGCCUACUACGAUAUACUCCCCAGGCUGGGGAUUGAUGCCGACCAUGAUAGCCGGUAUGCCCGCGUGCUGUUCAAAAUCGGAGGGUUCCGUGGCGACAGGAUGCUCUAUGAUAAGUUCGAGGAAGUCAUGUCGAGGCUGGGAAUCGAAAUUGAGUUUGGCCAUGUCGAUGAAGAGGAGCAAGAGUCUAGUCAGCUGGAAAUCUCCCAUAAGAAUGGUGGUAUUACGACGAGGGGAACUACGCCGCUUCAGGAUGACGCGACUCAUUCGAGAGGACGAUAUAGGCGUAAUUCCGAGAGUUCGCUCUGGGAUUUGGGGUUUGAGGCGGCAGCCAAGUAUAGAGGAAAGCGAAGCUCGUCUGCUCUCGAUAAGAACAUCGACCAGCGUCCAGGGUUCUUGGACGAGAUUCAACAGUUACAAUCCUCAAGUUCAAGUCCAAGACCAAGACCGGGGCCAGGACCAGAUCAUGUCGAUGAAACGGAGCAGGAGGAGGAGCAAUCCGACCAUUUCUCAACCGGGUUGAACUUACAUCUAGAGAGACCACAGACAAGACGUGGGAGGUCUGUAUCAACGCAUGAUAGCAUGCGAAUCCGCCGACGGUCACAUUCUCCUGCCCAGGAGCGACAAAGUCGUGGAAUCCAGACCUCGAUUGAUCCACGAGAUGAAGUUGCGGAGUUGGCAUUAAGCAUCGAAGGAGAUACAGAACACUCUAUCAUGUCCCUCCAAGAAUUCCAAUCUAGUCGGGCGCCUGAUGGUUUAAUGCACAUUAGAGCAUCACUAGUCCUGGAACACCAUAUUGCCUACAUGGCAAAGCGGCAAAUACGUCAAUGGCGAGAGAAAGCCAUACGACGUCGGGAAUAUCACUCAGAUUUAGACCGCAUAGCUACAAACCAUGAUAGGAAUGUAUUACUUGGGGCAUCGUUGGCUACCUGGCAGGUCCAAUCGUUAGAAAGACGGCUGAAUAAAGACACAGAGAGGUUCUAUGCCCAUCUUGAACGCCGUGCCACAAAAGCUAGGGAUCUAUUUCUUAUGCUCAAAUGUCUUCAGCAAUGGUCGGAUUAUAGCCAAGAGGAAGUUGAGCGAACAACCGCUGCCCGGAGGCAUAUCAUCAAACAUCGAUACUUCAACGCCUGGGCCGAGAUCACCGCAGUAAAUGAGUUGAAAGUCCGGAGACAGGUUGUUAAGAAAUUCUUUGGGGUUUGGAAAAAGCGACACGCCGAAAUAGCUUGCGAUAACGAUACCGCAGUCCAGAGAUAUCAGUCUAACGUGGCUGAGAAGAUAUACUGGCAGUGGUUUCACAAGCUAUGGGACCAGAGAGCUAAGGCCUGGUGGGCCGAAGGGGCGAAACGUCGAGCUCUUUUUCGCUGGAUCGUGAAAUAUCAUGACACCUGGGAGAACCAUCGGUACGCCGAAGAAGAGCGGCGUGACCAAAUUGUGUGGAAUACUUGGCAGAGCUGGAGAAGGACGACAAGUGAGCGAGCUAGACAGGACGAGCAAGCAGUUGCCCAUCAUCGAGCCAAGAGUUGCCGCAAUGCUAUUCGAAGGUGGCGGAAGGAAACUCAAGUCAUACCCGCAAAGGCAAUGGUACAGAGCGAUGUCAACCUGCGGAUUGUCCGGGAAAGGUUCGAGAUUUGGCUACACCGUACCCGCCAAGAACGACUGGCCUAUGCAACUGAUCGGGAGAAAGUUCUUCGUGAGGCGGUCACAACCUGGCGACACAAGGUGCGGCUCCAAGUGUUCCGCCCUAAAACCAAUAGCCGUAUUGCAGGUCAAGCCAUUUAUAAAUGGCUUAUGACCGAAAGAUCGAUCUGGUUCAAACAGAAGCAGGAUGCAAAACGUCUCGGCAGUGCGCUACAACAUUGGGUGCAAAGAGCCCAGAUUUUACAGCAAAAUAGGUGGCAACAAGAAGACAUAGCUGAAGCAUGUGCUGUCCAAAAAAUGCAAUACUCUGUUAUGGGUCAAUGGUAUAGACAAAUGCAAACUCGACAGGAACGAGAAAGGGAUGCUAAUGCAUUUUAUGCUCCCAAGCUCCUGCAAAGAGUAUUUUCGGAAUGGUCUGAACGCACACAACAUUACCAACAGCUUCAGACUUGGUCGCAUCAUGCUAAGUUCUAUUUCCAAACUUCGAAAAUGAUUAAACGAUGGAAAGCUUCAACGGGGGCCUCAAAACGCGAAAAGCGGAGAGCUGCCUAUGCGCAAGUUGGACGAAUGGUAAAGAUGAAUCUGGCAAGAGGCAUAUAUCGCAACUGGCGUCAGAAGGCGCAUCAUCUUCUUGAGCUUGAAGACGAGGCACAUGCCGUUCGCCACAAUAAGACUGUUGUUCUAGGCAUGAAUAUUUUUGAUCAAUGGCGUGGUCGUGCCGAGGAACUGGCGGAGCUGGAGUCACUCUCACAUGAAUAUCUACUGACGAAGAAGUUCGCCAUCUGGAAAGGCCGUUCAACCCUUUAUCGAGCUCUGGAGGCUGAAGCGAUGCUAACUUACCAAGAGAAUCGACAAGCCCGGGCUCUUAGGAAGUGGAACCUUGCAAUGCCCCAGCUACGUGCUCAGAUGAACUGUGCAAAUGAGAUCUGGGAGAUGAAUGCAAAGAAGAGUUUCCGAAAGAUGUUUACCUAUUGGUACCAGCAAGCCGCUGUGAAACGACCGUCGAAAACCCCGGAGCUAGAUAAAAUAGACCUUCAGCUAGGCACAACCGCAAGGGCUGAAGCCUGGUCCGACUUUGAAGAUGAAGCUGCUGAAAAUGAUGACUGGGCCAAGGGAUUAGAGGACGCUUCAGCGUCGACCAAUAUCCCGGGCUAUCUUACUACACCGUCGAAGAGGAGGGGAAGGGUAACUGGGGUAGCUACGAGGCUUUCAACUACUCCUAGGGCACCCCUUUCUACACCAUUCGAGCGCCAGCUUCGGGCAGAGUACUCCGGAGGGCAAUUGCAUUCAUAUCGGAGGGGUCGGGGGCUUGGAAGAAGCACUCUGGGCAUGGGAGGCUUCGAGGAUAUUAAAGAAAGGUCCCCUAAUGGAUAA